AUGGCCGCUGCCCAGCCCAAGCCCCUCGCGGGGGCGGCCGUGGCCCGGCGCCUGGCCCGGGGCUGCUGGUCCGCUUUCUGGGACUACGAGACGCCCAAGGUGAUCGUGGUGAGGAACCGGCGCCUGGGCGUCCUGUACCGCGCGGUGCAGCUGCUCAUCUUGCUCUACUUUGUGUGGUACGUGUUCAUCGUGCAGAAGAGCUACCAGGACAGCGAGACGGGCCCCGAAAGCUCCGUCAUCACCAAGGUCAAGGGGGUGACCACGUCGGAGCACAAAGUGUGGGACGUGGAGGAAUACGUGAAGCCCCCCGAGGGGGGCAGCGUGUUCAGCAUCAUCACCAGGAUCGAGGUCACCCCUUCCCAGGCCCUGGGAACCUGCCCGGAGAGCAUGAGGGUCCCCAACGCCAACUGCCACUCGGAUGAGGACUGCGUGGCUGGGGAACUGGACAUGCUGGGGAAUGGGCUACGGACCGGGCGCUGCGUGCCCUACUACCAGGGCACCUCCAAGACCUGUGAGGUGUCCGGCUGGUGCCCCGUGGAAGAUGGAGCCUCCGUCAGCCAAUUUCUGGGUAAGAUGGCCCCCAACUUCACCAUCCUCAUCAAGAACAGCAUCCACUACCCCAAGUUCCGCUUCUCCAAGGGAAACAUUGCAGACCGCAAGGACGGGUACCUGAAGCACUGCUCCUUCGACGAGGGCUUAGAUCCCUACUGCCCCAUCUUCAGGCUGGGCUUCAUCGUGGAGCAGGCGGGGGAGAACUUCACGGAGCUCGCGCAUAAGGGUGGUGUCAUAGGUGUCAUCAUCAACUGGGACUGUGACUUGGACCUGGCUGCAGCCGCGUGCAACCCCAAGUACUCCUUCCGGAGGCUCGACCCCAAACACGUCCCUGCCUCCUCGGGCUACAACUUCAGGUUUGCCAAGUAUUACAAGACAAAUGGCACCACGACCCGCACGCUCAUCAAAGCCUAUGGCAUCCGCAUUGACGUCAUCGUGCACGGACAGGCCGGGAAGUUCAGCCUGAUUCCCACCAUCAUCAAUCUGGCCACAGCUCUCACCUCCAUCGGGGUGACUGGCUAA